AUGAGUUUCCUAGAGAAGAUGUUCAGUUUUCCGGGUCGUACAGACCCCUAUCACGUAGGUCAGGAUGAUGUCAGAAUGAUCCACUAUGCUUUUAAAGGAGUUCCGGAAAGAACAGAAGUUUGGUUUUUCAUGGAAACUCGAUUCUUGCAGGGAGUCUUUACUGGUAUCCUGCUGUUUUAUCUAAUGUUAUACUUUACUCGCCGAUACAAGAACAAGGUAAGUUAA